AUGCCGGAUCCUUUCGUGAAAUGCAAAACCAUGAGAAGAAUGCUGAGCGUCUGGUGGGGAGUUUAUGGAAUCUACCGUUUCGAACUGCUGCCGAACAACACGACAGUUACUGCCGAGUUUUCUGACGAGACCAGCAAGAAUGCAGGACUGGCCGACAAGAUGAGCAAGGAGCACCCGAAGCUCGAGAACGUCUGCUGCACGAUAACGUGCGCCCUCACAUCGCAAAGAAGACUUCCCGCAAAAUUCUGGAGCUCGAAUGGACCUGGUCCUGAGCGACUACCACCUCUUCCGAUCGCUUCAGCAUCAUCUGGAAAAGAAGCGCUACGAUGA